GCGGCGAAUGCGCUUGGUCACGGACUAGAAGCGGCGUCGCUCUCGGAAGGCUCCCUCUCGCUUCGCGUUUUCUCCGUCCCGGGAGCGCCGAGCCGGCCGGGACCGCGACCAUACGGCGCCAUGAUCACCUCCGCCGCUGGAAUUAUUUCCCUUCUGGAUGAGGAAGAGCCAGAACUCAAGGAAUUUGCUCUCCACAAACUGAAUGCUGUUGUCAAUGACUUCUGGGCUGAGAUCUCUGAAUCGGUGGAUAAAAUUGAAAUUCUGUAUGAAGAUGUUGGGUUUCGUAGUCGAGAAUUUGCUGCUUUGGUGGCUUCCAAGGUGUUCUAUCACUUAGGAGCUUUUGAAGAAUCACUGAAUUAUGCCUUGGGAGCUGGCAACCUUUUCAACGUCAAUGACAAUUCUGAAUACGUAGAGACCAUUAUUGCAAAAUGCAUCGACCAUUACACCAAACAGUGUGUGGAAAAUGCCGAACUGGCUGAGGGGUCCCAGAAAGCAGUUGAUCCUCGUUUGGAAGGGAUUGUAAACAAGAUGUUUCAGCGCUGCUUAGAUGACCACAAAUACAAACAGGCCAUUGGCAUUGCCUUGGAGACACGUAGGCUGGAUAUCUUUGAGAAAACCAUUUUGGAAUCGAAUGAUGUUCCAGGAAUGCUGGCCUAUAGCUUAAAACUUUGCAUGUCUUUGAUGCAAAAUAAACAGUUCCGCAAUCAAGUGUUGAGAGUUUUGGUUAAAAUUUACAUGAAUCUGGAAAAACCUGAUUUCAUCAAUGUGUGCCAGUGCCUCAUUUUCUUGGAUGACCCACAAGCCGUUAGCGACAUCUUGGAGAAGCUGGUGAAGGAGGACAACCUUCUCAUGGCUUACCAGAUCUGUUUUGACUUGUACGAAAGCGCCAGUCAGCAGUUCCUCUCUUCGGUGAUUCAGAACCUCCGCAGUGUUGGCACCCCCAUUGCUUCCGUGCCUGGAUCUACCAACACAGGGACGGUCCCUGGGUCCGAAAAAGAAGGAGAGGUGAUGGAGACAGAGGAGAAGACAGGUAGCCCCGUUGCUACAGUGAAGUCAGCUCAAACAAAUCCAGGAACAAAAGACCAGAUUCCCAAAAUGAUAAAGAUUUUAAGUGGGGAAAUGGCCAUUGAAUUACACCUGCAGUUCUUAAUACGAAACAACAAUACAGACCUCAUGAUUCUAAAAAACACAAAGGAUGCGGUGCGGAAUUCUGUGUGUCACACCGCCACAGUUAUUGCAAAUUCCUUCAUGCAUUGUGGAACCACCAGCGAUCAGUUCCUUAGAGACAAUUUGGAGUGGCUUGCCAGGGCUACUAAUUGGGCCAAGUUCACUGCCACAGCCAGCCUUGGUGUCAUUCAUAAGGGUCAUGAGAAAGAAGCUCUUCAGCUGAUGGCAACGUACCUCCCCAAAGACACAUCUCCAGGGUCAGCCUAUCAGGAAGGGGGCGGCCUCUAUGCCUUAGGGCUCAUCCAUGCCAAUCAUGGAGGCGACAUCAUAGACUACUUGCUGAACCAGCUGAAGAAUGCCAGCAAUGAUAUCGUUCGGCAUGGGGGAAGCCUGGGGCUUGGCUUGGCCGCCAUGGGGACAGCGCGCCAAGAUGUCUAUGACCUCCUGAAAACCAACUUGUAUCAGGAUGAUGCAGUGACAGGUGAAGCAGCUGGUCUGGCUCUGGGCCUGGUGAUGCUGGGAUCUAAAAAUGCUCAGGCCAUCGAGGACAUGGUGGGCUAUGCCCAGGAAACCCAACACGAGAAGAUUUUGCGGGGCUUAGCAGUUGGCAUCGCCCUGGUGAUGUACGGGAGAAUGGAGGAAGCUGAUGCCCUCAUAGAGAGCCUCUGCAGAGACAAGGACCCUAUUCUCCGUCGUUCAGGGAUGUACACUGUGGCAAUGGCUUACUGUGGCUCAGGAAACAACAAAGCGAUCAGACGUCUGUUGCAUGUUGCGGUGAGUGAUGUCAACGAUGAUGUCAGACGAGCAGCUGUUGAAUCUCUGGGCUUUAUUUUGUUCAGGACUCCUGAACAAUGUCCAAGUGUUGUUUCCCUGUUGUCCGAAAGUUAUAACCCUCAUGUCCGUUAUGGAGCAGCCAUGGCCUUGGGUAUCUGCUGUGCUGGAACAGGAAACAAGGAAGCAAUUAAUUUGUUGGAACCAAUGACAAACGAUCCUGUCAACUAUGUGCGUCAAGGGGCUCUGAUUGCAUCUGCCCUUAUCAUGAUCCAGCAGACAGAAAUUCUCUGCCCAAAGGUGAGUGACAGAUCUUCAGCCACGGAGGUAUGCGAGAGGACCUGCCAAAGAAGAUAG